AUGCCAGCCGACACGUCUGAUCUGGCUGAGUUCAGCCGUCACGACUCGCAGUUUCAACAGAGUCGCAUCUUACCUCAUAUGAGAAAGAAUGAUUGGUCCGGGCCUGUUUCCAAUACCAUUUAUGUCGGAGUUUGUGUCUCCAAGGCUGCCGAUUCUGGCCCUCACAUUGCGAUUGCCUUCCGUGAUCCGACAUACCUUCUUGACUUUUUAGAGAAAUCCCUUCCUCCAGCAGCCACAGAACUCGACAUUAGCCAGUCCAUCAUCAAUGAACUGAAGAACUACAGUGAUGUCCACCUGGAAAAGAUUCUCGGCGUUGCGCUACCCCGAACUUUGCAUGGGAGAAUGCCAUCUUUAUCCCAACGUCUCUGGGCAGAAUUGGACAUUUUGCCGAUCCUCCUCGAUGAGGAGUCGUCUAUCGAAUCUUCCGCUGAUAAUGAGACCUGUGUGCAUUUAAUAGACAAAGGUAUUGAUGAGCAAGCAGAUUCGUUGGCGAGAAAAUGUACAAGAUUCUUUGGACCCAACGAACUACCUAUCUUGCACGUUGGGUUCCUCGGGGACGUGGGGGUUGAUGCUCAUUUUCACAUUAAACUCACGAACAAAGACUGUUUUCAGCAGAGCGUUCGGCCAAAGACUUGGUUAGCCAUGGAACACUACGCAAAGGAAUUGAAGCAACGCAAGGUGAAGAUUGCUUUCUUUAGUGCCACCCCUCAGGGAGGAGGCGUUGCACUCAUGCGGCAUGCUUUGAUUCGAUUAGCACAUGAAGUCGGCGUGGAUGUCAAAUGGUAUGUGCCGAAGCCCAGGCCGGGUAUAUUCCGAAUCACCAAAACCAAUCACAACAUCUUGCAAGGUGUUUCCGGGGCACAUGAACGAUUGAGUCUAGAGAAUCAACAACGCUUGGUGGAUUGGGUCGAUGACAAUGCCACCAGAUACUGGCUACGCGCAGGCGGCCCUCUUUGUCGGUCUGCCGAUGGUGGUGCCGAUGUCAUUGUCGUUGAUGACCCACAGAUGACCGGUCUCAUCCCGAUCGCCAAGAGAAUUGAUCCACAAAGACCUGUCAUCUAUAGAAGCCACAUUCAAAUGCGGAGUGAUCUUAUCGAAACGCCUGGGAGCCCUCAGGCUGAAGUUUGGAAAUUCCUCUGGGAGCACAUCCAAGCCGCAGACGUCUUUGUCAGUCACCCAGUGGACAGUUUUGUCCCCCGGAACGUCCCGCGGGCUCGUGUAGGAUACAUGCCUGCAUGCACAGACUGGUUGGAUGGUCUAAACAAGAACAUGAGAGACUGGGACACUGCGGCCUAUGGACGGAUGUUCAACCGCUGCUGCAAGGAUUCGGGAACGACAACCAUUGACUAUCCCAACGAGCCAUAUAUAGUGCAAAUCGCACGAUUUGAUCCUGCCAAGGGAAUCUUUGAUGUCCUUACCUCAUACGACAAAUUCCGGAGCCUACUAGCCCGGUCUCAUCCUGAGAUGAAGGCACCGAAACUUCUCGUUUGUGGCCACGGAUCUAUAGACGACCCCGACGGCGGUAUUAUUUACGACGCAGUCUUGCAGCGUAUCCGGACCACCAUGCCAGAUCUCUCAAGUAGCAUCUCUGUCGUGCGCUUAGGGCCGUCGGAUCAGGUGUUAAAUGCCUUGCUCUCCAAAGCACACAUUGUCUUGCAACUUUCUGUGCGUGAGGGAUUUGAGGUCAAGGUGUCGGAAGGAAUUCAUAAGGGCAAACCUGUCAUCGCGACACGUGCAGGAGGCAUACCGUUGCAGUUGGAGGAUACAAAGAACGGGUACUUGGUUGAAGUUGGAGAUACUGACACCGUCGCCAAGCACCUCUUGAAUUUAUGGACAGAUCACGAUCUCUACCAGCGAAUUAGUGCUUACUCGUUGAGCCAUGUCAAUGAUGAGGUUGGCACUGUCGGAAAUGCUGUGAACUGGUUUUACCUUGCGUCCAAGCUGUCGAGAGGUGAGGAGGUGCAGCCAAACCACGGUUGGGUCCAGGAUCUAGCCCGACGAGAGAUGGGUCAAUCCUAUACUGAAGCCGAUGGAAAAAUGAAGCGAUCAGUUGAUGAAGAACGCUAA